AUGUUCCCUUUAUUCUUUCUUUCUUUACUCUCUAAAGUAUUCUCACACACUUAUUUCUUUCUUCACUUUCUCAUACGCGUGCUCUUUCUUUCUUCAUUAUUCAAGCCCUCUCAUACAACGACAAUAUCUUUAUUUCUUUCUUUCUUCACCAUUCAAACUCUCUCACACAACAAUAUCUUUCUUUCUUUCUUUCUUUCAUUCAUUCUUUCUUUCUUUCUCUCUUCAGCAUUUCACAUUCUCACAUAUUUCUUUUUUCACUAUUCAUUCCCUCUCAUACGGAUGCUCUUUCUUUCUUUCUUCACCAUUGAAACCCGCUCACACGACGACAAUAUCUUUCUUUUUUUUCUCUUUCUUUCUUUCUUUCUUUCUUUUCUUUUCUUUCCUCGGCAUUUCAGUUCUCUCACAUCAAGGCAAUAUCUUUCUUUCUUCACCAUUCAAGCUCUCUCUCACACGACGGCAAUAUCUUUCUUUUCUUCUUUCUUUCUUCACAAUUCAAGCUCUCUCACACUAAGUCAAUAUAUUUCUAUCUUUCUUUCUUUCUUUCUUUCUAUCUUUCUUUCUAUCUUUCUUUCUCAUCCUUCUAAUACAUUUCUUAUUUUAUUAUAA